CUGUCUUUACAAAGAUGGCGACCAAAGAACCUUCUUCUUGGACACUACGAUUAUGAUUUGCAAAAAAACAUAAAUUAUAGAUAUAUAAAGAUUUGAGCAUUCAACAUGGCUGCACUCCUGAAGAAGAGAGCUGUUGCAGAGUUUAGCCAAGUAGUACAGGAGGAGCCAAAGCCGAUUAAGAAGCUGAAACUGGUGCAGAAACCUCCAACAAAAGAAGUUCAGGUAAAUCUUCUAGGAGUGUCCAGCUCCCAGCAGGCAUUGCAACAGCUGCUGAAGUUUGAGGAGAGCCUGGUGGAAGGUGACCAGAUUCCCCAGAGUGUGAUACAGGAACUCAUCGAACAUUUCCAGCAGGAGAAAGAGGCUCUGGUCCGGAGGAAAAUCGCACAGCUUCUAGGAAAUCUGGGAAUGGUCCCUCAUUUUAGUGCAGAAAAUCUAGUGGAGGAUGUCAGAAUUUUACUCAAGAGCGAAAAGUCCCAUAAAGUUAAAGCCGAACUGAUUCACAGUCUGUGUGUACUUGGAAAAGCUGUUCCGGAGAGGACUGACUUGCAGUCCUCAAUCAUAGCCCUAGCUAAACAACAUUUGAAGGACCCGGACCACAGAGUACGAUGUGUAUGCCUGGAGUUGAUCGGUGCCAUUGGAUCACCAGAACAAGAAGUGGUGGACGAUUCCCACGAACCCUUCAUUCCGAUCCAGUCCCUAUUGGCUGGUUUCUGUGGGGACCAGGACUCACGAGUUCGAGCCAGCUCCUUUAAUGCGAUGCUGCAGUUUCAUCAGCGCGGCCUGUCCCUGCGACUGUCCAUCUACCAGCAGGCCUGUCAGUCACUCACGGACGACUACCAGGAUGUCCGCCUGUCCGCCAUGAAGCUUAUCUGGGUUCUGAGUCACCUUUAUCCAGACAGUUUGGUGCCAGUGUCAGACUCUGAAGAUGAACUGCGACUGGUUGAUGACGGAUUCGCAAAGAUUUGCAACAUGGUCAAUGACAUUUCUGUCCAAGUCCGUAUGGAAGCAGCCGUUCUCCUGGGAUCACUUCAUCAAGUUAGCCCCAAAUUCUUGGAGCAGACUCUAGAUAAGAAAUUGAUGUCAAAUAUGAGGAGAAAGAAGAGUGCCCAUGAGAGAGCCCGGGAGCACUUUGCCUCAGGGGAAUGGGCCACCGGUCAGAAGUGGGCUGAUGAUGCCCCGAAAGAAGAGCUGGACCCAGACAAUGUCAAUCUGAUGAACAUUGGGGCAUGCGGGGCAUUUGUUCACGGAACUGAAGAUGAAUUCCUGGAGGUGAGAAACGCUGCUCUGGACUCGCUGUGUGAACUGGCCAGUCAGUCCGCCUCCUUCGCUAACCUCUCUCAGGACAGCAUCAUAGACAUGUUUAACGACGAGAUUGAGAGCGUGCGCCUCAACGCCAUCAACAGUCUACGAAAACUCAACCGAUUCAUCACGCUACGAGAGGACCAACUGGAGAUCAUUCUAGGGGUGCUACAGGAUUUUUCAACAAAAACUCGAGACAGCCUGCGAGACAUGCUCGGUGAGAUGAAGCUGGCGACUCGUGAGUGUUUGAGCAAGUGUAUCUAUAGUCUGCUGGAUAAUCUGAGACGCUAUCCCCAGGACAAGCUGUCCAUCUGGAAGUGCAUGAAGAACCUUGGGAGUCAUCAUCCCCACUUGGCCCUUCCUCUUGUCCCGGAACUCCUCUGCCUUCAUCCUUACUUUGAUACACCAGAACCUGAUAUGGAUGAUGCUGCUUACAUCAGUGUCCUGAUGAUGGUGUUUAACUCGGCCGUGGAGUGCCCCACGGUGGUGACCAUGUUCCAGGACCACACCUGGAGACACUACCACUACCUACAGGACAGUCUGCCCGACCUUGUCCCCAAACUCGAGAAGAGUAUACGAGUGGCGGAGGAAGCCAAGCCAGAGGCAGUGGCCCACUCCGACGUGCGCUCCUUCCUGAGGAACCUGAUCAGUGGCCUGGACAGUCUGCCCAACAUGGAGCUGUCUACAGCCCAGCCACUGCUGGAGACCAUGGUCAGAGAUUUACAACAAGUGACUGAACUGAACCAGAAAUGUAGUCCAUCUGCCGAAUUUGUGUGUGUGUAUCUGAAGACUCAGCUCCUGUUGACAAAGUUGAUGAACCAGCAGGGUGUACAGUGCAGCAGUAGUAUAGCAGACAACCAGGUCCUGUCCCUGAUUGACCAGAUUCUGGGCCUGACCAGGAAGCUGGAACAUCAGUACCUGGGGGUGAGCAGUGUGGACCACGCCUUGAUUCAGCAGACGCGGCUAAAGGCAGGUACCCUGCAGAUCCUCACCAAGAUGAAGUCGGACCCUACCCGCUGUAGUCAGGCCAAGGAAACCUACUUACAACAGUUGCAGGCUCUCAAAAAAUUUUUGGAAACCAAUGAACUGGCAGCUGAUCCUUGUUUUGUGUACCUCUUCUCUGUUCUGAACGAUCUGGAAAAUGGCAAAAUAUCAGACAUUUUGAAGCAUCUUCAGCAUGCUGUGAAAAGUAUUGCCCCGUGUGGUAUCUCUCUUCAGAACAGCUGUAUUAGAAGGGUAACGGCCAUCAUGCAUGAGCCCACUGGGUCGUCAGACAACCCGAUCCGCUUCACAACGGGCUUAACAGUCACAGUCCCUGUCCAUGCCACGUUUGAAAACGUUCAGAACGUCGACUGUAUAAGAUUAAAGGUGCAUUAUCCUGACCAGAAGAGUUAUCUGAUUACACCAAAGAAGUGUCACUUUACCAAGCUGAAUCCACUUCAAUACAAGUUGAUCUCAGAAGUCAUCAUCUCUCAUUCUUUGUGGUCAGAUCAGUCCCACGUAGAAAUCAGUAUAGUGAUGGAGACCAGGGACGGGGAGACAGUCAGCUGUCAGGAGCUGUGUAGACCCGUGAAGGUUCCCGUCGCUCCCAAGGCGGCAAAACGCUGACGGCAGCCACUCUACCGCUAGGAAAGGAGUGUUGUUCGGAAUCUUGAGGACGCCGUGGACUAGAAUAUACAUACAUGAAUAUCACUGUCAGACUAAACAGAAUCCCGAUGCAGUGUUAAUUUGAGAGCGAGUAUUAAAGACAACCUGUGAGGGAUUACCUUUGUAUGUUUUGUGAACAUAUAACUGAUUUUUUACAUUGUACAAGGAAAGGAACUGUUAGCUGCUUAAGCAGCAGAAAACCAAACUGGGUUCGGCAGACUUUGAUGUAUGAUUUUCUUUAUCACAGUCACCCUUUAAUGUCAUUGAUGGUCAAAUUAAACUUAUGAACAGAAUUUGAAAAUAAAAACAAUUUGAUAUUGA